GCCAUCCGCAAGCUCUAUGUGUAUGUGGGGCGGUCGUGAGCUCUGGAGUCACCUCGACCUCUUCGCUUAAAUACACGGCUUUGAAACCUCUCGUCGCCAGACCUGGAUCCCAUUUCUACCUGUUCAUCACAGUCUCGAUACCUUAGGUUGACUAUCCACAAAGACGCUCCGCACCGAACAUGACGGGAAUUACAGGAGGGACUCUGAAAGCUUCGGCUUUUGACCAGCUUGAUCUGGAUCCCACCAAAAGCGAGUCAUCGGCCGAGGAAAUAGACUGGACGGAGCAAGAAGAGACGGCCAUCAGGAGAAAGAUUGACCGGCGAAUUGUCCCCCUGGUCACCCUGCUGUACCUCUUUUGCUUCCUCGACCGCGCCAAUAUUGGAAAUGCUCGGAUUCAAGGAAUGGCCAAGGACCUGGAUCUGGUUGGGUACCGCUUCAAUUGGGCGCUGAGCGUCUUCUACAUUGUCUACCUCUUGGUGGAAGUUCCGAGCAACAUCCUCCUGAAGCACAUCGGCCCUCGAUUCUACAUCCCGGGACUGGUCUUUGGCUUCGGGUUGGUGUCUCUCUGCACCGCCUUUGUCAAGAACUUUGACGAACUGUGCGUCGCGCGGGCGUUCCUGGGUGUCUUUGAAGGCGGCACCAUGCCUGGGAUCUCAUUCUUCCUGAGCACGUUCUACAAACGGCGAGAGCUGUAUUUCCGGAUCGGAAUAUUCAUCUCAGCUGCUUCCAUCGCAGGGGCUUUUGGAGGCUUGUUCGCGACAGCCUUGUCUCGCAUCCCUCGUUGGGGGACAGAGUCUACACCGAUCCACACCUGGAGAAAUAUCUUCUUCUUUGAGGGCUUGAUCACCAUCAUCGUUGCAGCGGCUGCUCCAACCUUGAUGCCAUCGAAUCCGCAGACUUGUCGGUUCCUCACCGAACGAGAACGGCAUAUCGCCCAUGAACGGUUGAUCCGAGAGCAUCGCGCUGAUCCGAUGGAGAAGGUCCAAUGGCAUCAUAUUCGCGCCGCCAUCUUCAACAUCAACAAUAACCUUUGUGCGGCUGGCUUCUUCUUGAUCAACAUCACUGUCCAAGGUCUCUCCAUCUUCAUGCCCACUAUCCUGGCGGAUCUCGGCUGGACCGCAACCAAGGCACAACUGUACUCGGUGCCCCCGUACGUGGCUGCGUGUCUCGUGGCUAUUUUGAUCGCGUACGUCAGCGACAAAACGCGCAGGCGUGGUAUUUAUCUCGCAGGAGCCACUUUCUUGCCAAUCGCCGGGUUUUCUAUACUGAGAUGGAGCACAAAUGCCUCGAUUCGUUAUAUGGCUGUUUAUUUUAUUACCACAGGAGCUUUUCCAGGAGGACCUGGGUUCCUUUCUUGGGGGAUCAACAAUUCUGCCGGGCCGGCAGUGCGUGCUGUGGCGACUGCGUGGAUUGUCUCGGUUGGCACUCUAGGAGGCGUCCUUGCCACAUGGACCUAUCUUGUUCGCGACGCGCCUCGCUACCCCAUUGGUCACACCAUCAACCUGUCUGCCCAGAUCAUUGUCCUCUUUGUAGCUAGCUUUGGCAUUGCAUAUAACAUGCGCGAGAAUCGACUACGGGAGCAAGGAAAGAGGACGCAUCGACUUGAGGGGUUGGAUGAGGCUGAGAAGAGGGACCUCGGGCACAAGCAUCCGGACUUUAGGUAUAUUCCGUGA